AUGGGAGUCGAAGACAGGGAUGCCAACGGUGCUGAAGCCAUCACCUCAAUGGGCGAGAUGAGGGGUGGCUUAGGCGAUGUCAUAGGAGAUCUGGUGGCCAGUGCAUUUGACGCCGAAGAGGCUAGGUGGGGCGAUGCCCAUCAUGUACUGGGUGGCGCCAGUGUCAUGGCAAGCUACGCUUGUCAAAGUGGUGGCACGGGGAAGGGCUCUAGUGGAAGCAUAGGCGCAGAGGACGACGCCGGUGGAGGCUUGGGAGUGAUGGGCGACGCCAAUAAAGGCUUGGGCAUGCUUGUUCUCCAAAUAGGUAAGAUGUUCUUCAAAACAAAUUUCCUAGGACUAAGCUUCUACUCCAUGGACUAA